GGAGGGGAGGGGAGGGGAGGGGGUCUGCCAUUGUUGUGAAUGAGGGGAAGCGUGACGUCAUGAAGCCAAUGUCAACAAUGCAGCUCCUGGAGAAGAGCGGGCGUUCAUCCAGCAUGAAGCUGCGGAGGCUCCGUUACCUCUGAGGCGCGCGCGGACCGCGGACGUGCAGGGAUAGCGGAGGGUGUCGGUGGAGUGAUGUCGGAGCAGCGGGACGGUGAGGCGGCAGCGCCCCUGUAUGUGUACGAAUCCAAAGUGCACUGUGCCAACGUGCUGUUGAGCAUGGACGAGCAGCGGCAGAGGGGGAUUCUCUGCGACGUGACCGUGUUGGUGGAGGGCAGGGAGGUGCGAGCGCACAGGGCCGUCCUCGCUGCCAGCAGCCGCUACUUUCUGCAGGCGCUGCUGGGAAACGAUGGGUCAGCAGGUGAUGCUGAGCCCAUCAUCACACUCCCAGACAAGGUCACAGCCAAAGGCUUUGCCCCUCUGCUCCAGUUUGCCUACACUGCCAAGCUGGUAUUGAGUCGAGAAAACAUCCACGAGGUCAUUCUGUGUGCCGACGCUCUGGGCGUGCACAAUCUGGAGGACUCAUGCUUCCGGUUUCUUCAGGCUCAGCUACAGAAUGAUGGACAGCACUCCAGCAAUGGCGAGCUGGAUUAUGCUAACGAUGAAAAAGCGUUUUCUGAUGACUUGUCCUUCGAUAGCUGUUCUGAUGCCAGGCAAGAGAAUGCUGCUUCACCCGCCAUAGACCCUCCACAAUGUUCCAAAUACAGGAACUAUCAGCACCAGGUCUGUGAUGUCAAGCACAAUGGAGAAACCUUGGUGAGCUCUCAGCUCGAAGACAGCAGCUGUGCUCCACAGACUCUUCUUACCCCCUCCAGGAUUAAGGAGGAAGCUUUUGUGUUUGAGGAUGUAGUGGAUGACAGGAAUGGUUGCCACCCAGACUUGGGAGCUGAAGAGGUUCUGGAGAUGGAGCUAGAAGUAGAAGGGGUUCCAAUGGCAGCUGAGCACUCUGCAGGCCAUGAUCUACCCUCAUCCUGCCUGCGUUCCUACCUCGAGCGAGGAGGUCUGGAUCUCUGUAGCAUUCCCAGCACCACCAUUCAGCAGCUCCUCACCAACCAGUUUUCCCUCAGCCACUCCAGAGAGCUGCUAAGGGACCGGCAGAGGAGUAAGAGCGACCCUUUGGGACAGACUGAUCUCAAGGACAACGAUGCAUUCGGCAACAUUGAGAGGUCGAAGGCCUCCACUUUGCAGCGGGAAAGUGAGCUUGACAGACGUAGCGUUAUCUUCUCUUCCCCAGCUGGUGACCAGCAUUCACGCCAACUAGAGGAAGAGAAGCCCAGGAGUAAAGAAGAAAUAGUCUCCUCUGGUCUGAAAUGCCUCACCAGCUGUGGUCCUGUUUCUAUCCAGACAUCAGCAGACUCAGAUCUACCAGCCUCCACCCAAACCCCGACAUCCCACUCCUCGUUCUCAUACCCUGAGGACGCAGCAGGAGGCAGCUCGCCCCCCAGUCUAGACUUGGAUUUCUCCUCGCCCACUCGGACCAGCUCUGCCUUGGCCCUGCCUCGCUUCCUGGCUGGGGUGGUGGAGCCUGGGACUCCUCUGAGCAGAGAGGUGCUUAUCUCUCAGAGUCACACCAAGGUCAAAAGCGAGCAUGGAUUUGGGGCCAGUGGAGGAAACUCCAGCGACGAGUCCGACUCCUUCUCAGACGGGGACAGUGAGAGCGGCUCCAGAGCCUCGGCUCCUGAGGUGAAGCUUCCCUUUCCUGUUGACCAGAUCACCAACCUGCCCCGCAACGACUUUCAGGUUCUCAUCAAGAUGCACAGACUAACCUCAGAGCAGCUGGAGUUCAUCCACGACAUCCGCCGCCGCAGCAAAAACCGCAUUGCCGCCCAGCGAUGCCGCAAGAGGAAGCUGGACUGCAUCCAGAACCUGGAAAAUGAGAUCCGCAAACUGGUGUGUGAGAAGCAGAAGCUGCUGAGCGAGCGCGACCAGCUGCAGAGCUGCAUGUCCGAGCUGUGGCACAACCUCUCCUUCCUCUCCCAGCAGGUUUGUAGGGAGGCCCAGAGCGGCCAGCCACCCCCAGUCUCUGCCAGUAUCGAUCUCACGUCUGCUCCGUCGUCGCCUUCUUCUGACUCUGAGUUGCCUGCAACGCAACAAGAAGAGGCUCAGGUGGCAUCCAGUCGGACAGGGAGGGGAAACCCAGGGAGUCCUGUGGGGUUGGGAGCUGUUUGUAGCCCCUCAGUGACUGUAGAUUUCUGCCAGCAGAUGACAGAGAAGUGUACAACAGAAGAGCAGAAUGCACAGGACUCCUCUUAGAAAAAAACUCUUCAAACCUGUGAAUACUUAAAAAAAAAGCUUAGGUAGUUUCUCUGUUUUGUCACAGAUGACUUCCAUGUCAUCAGCAAUACUGUUGGAACUCGUGUUGUUGGACAGAUGUUUCUUGAAUCAACAGUCCAUGGACACAGUGCUCAUUGGACAGUUUAUAUGGCCGCUUGUUCUCUGAACAGGAUCCAGUUGAGAUGGUGGUCUUUGGACGGUUGUGAAACCACCACUCUGGCAGCUUCUUUCUCUAUUUACAUUUCUUGUCUUCUGUUCAUGGAGGAUCAAACUCAGGAACUAUUCAUACUUUCAUAUACUUGGUACACUUUCUUUAUUCUUUACUAUUCUAUGCCUUCAUUGUCCUCACACUUUGGUCUAAUUCAGUCCAAAAUGGCUUCAUGUUGGGUUUUAUGGACCAGUUCUACUGUCUAUAAGGGUUCAUAAGAAUCUCAGAAGACAACCCUGACCUUCUGCAGCUCACUAAGCCCUGAACUUUAGCCCAGGCUUAGUUUACAAGGCUAACUACUGUUUACAACACUUCACUGAUGUUUACAGGUGUUUUUUUUUUACAUGUUAUGCCGAAACAAUGUGGGGUCUCAUGCUCCUGAGUUCAUGGCAUGCACAGUCUUAUCGCUUACUAAUUUCAGCAGACAAAAAGAAAUUUUCUAAGUAGAACAUUUUCAUGAAAGGAAGCCUUUGUCCUGCAGUACAAUUCUACUGGAAAAGAGUUGUGUCUAUGGUAGAGUCAUGAAAGAAGACUUCUUUCCUAUUUAGCGCUGAGGCCAGAGCCUUAAUGUUUCCAUCAAAACACCAACCUGCUGUCUAAAAUGCAGAGAUGGAGAUUUGAAUUUGACAACUUGACACAUGGGGGCAAUUACGGUGUGUUUACAUUUAUAUUUGCCUCUUGGACAUGUAUCUGACAAACAGGAUCAGGUCAGAUUGUUCAUGGUACCACAUCUACAUCAUGGUGCCACCUGACUUUUUUUAUGUCUCUAAAGACACAUUCACACCAGCAGGUUGGAUUUGCAUCAUGGUUUAUUGGUGCGCUGUGUUUGGCAAGAGUGACCGCUCAUCUGACCUUUGGGGUGGAUCAGGCAAACUGAGGUCAACUUGAGAUCAGGGGUCUGAAUUCACUUGCAGAAGAGUAAAUGAUGAGUGAUCUGCGUAUUUCCAGUAGCAAAAAAGGAAGUCUGCCUAAAAAGCACCGUGUGAACAUAAAUGCUAAGCUCAGACUGAAUGUUAUAAGCUCAUAAUUCAAUUCAGCUACAAUAGUCUUUCAAUAGUUUCAAUGAUGGAACUUUUGUUUAUCAUUUAUGAACUGCAAAAAUUAUUUUUCGAACUGUUUACAUUAAAACAGUUUUUUACAGACUUGUUGGAGUUGAAAAGCCUGGGAAAUUAAUUAAUCUAAUAAGGUGGUGAUUGGUCAAAACAAAAAGAAACAUGUGAUGAUUAGUCAAAGUCAAAUCAUAUAUACCAGUAACCAUUGACUGUAUCUGAGAACUGGACUGAGGGAUUUUGAUGUCCCCCAUAGAAAAUGGUUUACUUUUAGCCUUAUGUUGUCAGUAGGUAGUGAUUGUUUGGAAUCAGUUAGAGCUUCUAUGGCAACUACUCCCACCAAUCAGAAGUAAGCUUGUUGAAAGUCCACAUCUCUAACAAAUGAAAGUUACACAAUCAAAUGUUGGAUGUGAGGGCCACCAGGCAGGCACCACCUACAUUUGGAAUGGUCACUCAAGUCCAGUUCUCUUAUACAGUUAAUGUACAUAACAGAUCAAAACACAUGAAGCAAAUAAAACCUUAAAGUCCAAAGAUGACAAGUGAAAACAUGUAUAAAUCUAUCUGUCAAUAGAGAUAUGAAAAUCUCUGCACAUUUAUCAACUCAAGUAAUGUGAAGCCAAUGUUUGGUGUUUUUUUUCCCCCUCAACUGAGCAUGUGCAGAAGCCUUUGGUGCCAAAGCCUCCUCUGAACAGCCAGUGGGCCACACCAACACGCGCUGCAUUUCCACUUUCAGGGCUGUUCUUAUUUCAUUUCCCUGCUGUUAUUCAGGAAUAAAAAUCCAUAUCCAGCCCGGAUGCACAGCUGCGGUCAAACGGGGUUACGGGCUCAAACAGUUCUCACCCACUUCCAGGAAACUAAAGCAGUUCUGAGAAACGAUAAAACCAAACAAUCGAGUCCAUCAUGCAUCAUUCAUAGAUAUUAUUACAUCCAUUGUAGUUAUUUAGUAUAGAAAGUAGAGGGCUAAUUAGUUUUAAGUUAAAUGACUAGCUAAAGCAGUGUGAACGGUGUUAUGUAAAGAUUGCACCAAUGAUGUGACCUCUGCCUAAACUCUGACCUCUUGUGGCCCCUGUCCUCCUGGGGUUAGCGGACUUCAGUUCUGACCUGGGGGUCAGAGAUCCAUCAUUCUGAGGUCAGAACAAUCUUUUCCAUUGCAAUGUGCAUGAACACCGUCGUGCACCGUCAGAACCACAGCAUGGGUUCUUCUCCUAAACAAACCAGCUGGUACUAAACUUUUACCCCCCACCUUCCACCCCCAAAUUGAGUAAAUUUGUCUGGAGUGUUAUGAUCAGUUCAGACUGACAGAUCAGUUUCUCUAAUGGCAUAUAGUUUGAUGCUGAAGCUCCAGAUAAACACGCCGGCACAUUAUUGAUCUUUGAGAUGCCAAAUUCAUGUGCUGAAAAGUCAAUGCAGCGUCACGCGGCUGCAGAGAGUGCAGCUGCUGAUCCGUCACUUUCCUACUGUAAUGUGUCCUAGCAAAGAUGAUCAGCAUCUCAGCAGGAAAGGCUCUUCAGCAUCAUGCCAGCAGACCAGCAUCCUGAUGGAACAAGGGCACACAAUUUUACUCUUUCCAACAAUUCUCCUUGUGUACAUUUUUCAUAAAAAAACCAAGUCCAGUUUAAAACUCACAUAAGUGCAGCUACAACUUUCCGCCUUUAAGACUGAAAAAAAAAAAGCAGGAACUAACUACAAACAAACAAAAGGAAGCAAAGAUGUAUAUAAAAACACCUCUAAUCAUUUAUUAGAUAUUCCCCAGCGUUUAUUCAAAUGAAUUUGUCAUGCAUAAGUGUAAAUAUUUUUUUUCUCAAAUCAUACAACUCCUAUGUAAAGUUGGGACACAAAAGCAACAAAUUCAGCAUAAAAAUUUUACUAAAAAACACACCUUUUUUUUUUUUUUUUGCUUCUACUUUAUCCUUUUGAUACAAAUCAGUGCAAAAGUUGUCCACCUGUGCACUGAUGCGUGCUUCUUACAAGGCGACUCUGAGAAAUAAAAACCAUGGAUUUACAGUGGACUUGUUAAAGGUAACCCCAGAAUUCAGUUUAAGGUUUAAACUGACUGAAGUUAGGAAAGAAGUGACCUUUUUUUA